AUGCCAAUUGAAUCGGCAUUAUCAUCAGCACCUACGGUCUCUACAGUAGCAGAAACAAUCCCUACGACAGCUUCAACGGCUUCUACAAGUGCACAGGAGUCUACGGAAGUGGCAUCUACAGCAGCAACGACGGCCUCUACAACAACAAUGACGACCUCUACAGCAGCACCACCAACAGUUGCACCGGCUAUUUCUACGGCAAUAUCAGGGUCAUCUCUUACACCUGAAGCAAAUACAAUUUAUCCAACUCGUAAACCAAUCAUAGAUGUGAAUAAUUACGGAUUUAAAUUGUCUGUAAGAUCCAACGAACCAUUUAAUGACAAGCUCACCGACAAAACAACUGAUUUAUACAAAUCAUACGAAGCAAACUUUACUGAAGGUCUUACGGAGGCGUUUAAAGGAACAGAUGGAUUCAAAGAAAUCGAAGUACUGGGAUUUAAAAAUGGAAGUAUAAUAUGUGAUUAUAAUGCUGUAUUUGAUUUACUUGAAACCAAUGAAAACACAACAAAACAAAUCAACACAACUGUUGUAGAGAGGAUUAAUAAUAUUAUUACCCUACCAGCACCUGUUGAUAAGAACUACACAAAACGACAAAUGGACGACUUUACAAAUUCUGGUGAAGCAGCUAGAUUUACCGAUCCUUGUAUAGAUGCAUGUCCUACUGGUAGCACGUGUAGUAGAACGUCUAACAAUGGUUUAAUCUGUAGAGAUUCGUGUGAUGGUUUUAACUGCGGUAAAUCCGGUACAUGUGUUUUACAUUUAGGACAACCCAAGUGUAGAUGUGAUGAGACGUCUGAUGUGAUAUACAGUGGAGAGAAAUGUGAUGAAGAAAUAGAGAAACUAUUAUUAUCAACAAAUUAUAUCAUUAUUAUAAGUUGUAGUAUAUUUGGUGUUACUAUCAUGAUCACUAUUAUCAUAGUUAUUGUGAUUAAAAGGAGAGCACGUCUACGGACAAAACAUUAUGAGGAAUCCGAUCAAAGCAAUUUGAGUUUCGAGAGCAUUUCAUCGUACAAGCCAACACUGGGCGAAGAAAACAUUAACGAAUCAACUACUGAUGGACGUAUGAGAUCUGAUACAGAUGCACAUAAGAAUUAUAUAAAUCAACUUAGUGAUAUUAGUCCAUCUGGUCGCUCGUUUUAUGAACACAUCGACACGGAAACCACGUUUGUAAUUCGGCGCCCGAAGAUAAAAGUUUAUGGCCAAGAUAACUUGACAAGUUAUAUAAAAACGGAGAUUUGAAAUCAGAUUGUCUUUAUAAAUAAUGUUUGGGAAAGUCAGGGGUGCUUGGCAGUGUGGAGGUCGGGUUUUAUAUUUCAUAAUAUAUGUUUAUAUCAUUUUGGGCUAGUUAAGGGUUGUGGGAGAAUGGUAAAAUAUAGGCAAGUUUAGUUUAUGGAGGGAGG